ACACACCUUACCUUCAUUUUAUCUCACUUAACUCGAUCUCCAAUCAAACUCGAUCCUAGCUAAGCUACCACUUUUCACUCCCUCACGAAAACUAUCAGGCCACCGGAAAACUCUUUCCGGCGAACAUGGUGACGGUCGAGGAAGUCCGGAAAGCGAUGAGGGCCGAGGGACCGGCCACGGUCAUGGCCAUCGGGACUGCGACCCCUCCGUUCUGCGUCGAGCAGAGCACGUAUCCCGAUUACUACUUCCGUAUCACCAACAGCGAGCACAAGACCGAGUUGAAGGAGAAGUUCCAGCGCAUGUGCGACAAAUCCAUGAUCAAGAAGAGGUACAUGUACUUGACAGAGGAAAUCUUGAAGGAGAAUCCCAACGUGUGCGCCUACAUGGCGCCUUCCCUGGACGCCAGACAGGACAUGGUGGUGGUCGAGAUCCCCAAGCUGGGGAAAGAGGCGGCCGUGAAGGCCAUCAAGGAGUGGGGCCAGCCCAAGUCCAAGAUCACCCACCUUGUCUUCUGCACCACCUCCGGCGUCGACAUGCCCGGGGCCGACUACCAGCUCACCAAGCUCCUUGGCCUCCGCCCCUCCGUCAAGCGCCUCAUGAUGUACCAGCAGGGCUGCUUCGCCGGCGGCACGGUCCUCCGCCUGGCCAAGGACCUGGCGGAGAACAACAAGGGCGCCCGGGUCCUGGUGGUCUGCUCCGAGAUCACCGCCGUCACCUUCCGCGGGCCCAGCGACUCCCACCUCGACAGCCUCGUGGGCCAGGCCCUCUUCGGGGACGGCGCAGCCGCGAUCAUCGUCGGGGCCGACCCAAUCCCCGAGGUCGAGAAGCCCCUUUUCCAGGUGGUCUCCGCGGCCCAAACCAUUCUCCCGGACAGCGAUGGGGCCAUCGACGGGCAUCUCCGCGAGGUGGGCCUGACGUUCCACCUCCUCAAGGACGUCCCCGGGCUCAUUUCAAAGAACAUCGAAAAGAGCCUGGUGGAGGCCUUCCAGCCCUUGGGCAUCUCUGAUUGGAAUUCCCUCUUUUGGAUCGCGCACCCCGGCGGGCCUGCCAUCUUGGACCAGGUGGAGCAAAAGCUAGCCCUCAAGCCCGAAAAGCUGGGGCCCACGAGGCACGUGUUGAGCGAGUACGGGAACAUGUCGAGCGCUUGCGUGCUAUUCAUAUUGGACCAGAUGAGGAAAAAGUCAUUGGAAGACGGGCACAAGACCACCGGUGAGGGGCUCGAGUGGGGCGUUCUCUUUGGGUUCGGGCCUGGGCUUACCGUCGAGACCGUGGUGCUCCAUAGCGUGUCGGCUUAGUGGGCGGUGGUUAGCCUUUUGGGUGUUGUUUAUGGCUUAUGUUUUGAAAUCUGAUGUGUUGUGGGACUAUGGACUGGGCUUUGUUUGAUUCCACAUAAAGGGCUGGUUAGGCCCAUUGUUUUCAAUUCUGAAAUUAAUUAAAAAAGGAUCUUGUUAUGGAAAUGGAAAUAAUUUUCUUUGUGAUAAUAUGAUUAAUCAAGGAAUAUUUUUGGGUGUUACCAAAA